AAUCACGCUUCUAUCUAUUUUGAGCGUACUUUGUUCAAAUAAGAUCAGACAACGACAGUGUCAUGUUUAUCAUUUGUCAUUAAUCCUUUAGAUAACCAAUAUUGUAUCUUGUCAAACAUUCUAGUAUCUUAAAAAAUAUCUUCUCUUUUCCUAUAUGCCAGACUUUAUCUCAACAGCACGUUUUUUCUUACAAAUAAAAUAAUAACUCUGACGAACUUUAGUGAUAAUUGGUCAGAUCUCUUAUAUCUAAUGGUAAGUAAAUUUGAACAGAUUAAAUCCGAUAACAAUAUGACGUAUAAAUAUUAAUUGGUUACAAAAUGGAUCAUUCUUUUUACUCUAUAACAAGACUGAACGAUCGUUUUAUAUGUUAUACAACUUUGAUAUUAAAUGACAUUGCUAAAUCGAUCGAUAUGCUUAACUUCUGAUCUCUCUUUCUUUUUUCGAUGUUCGUGUGAAGUUACACAUUCGUGCUAUUUGAUCGAACUCGAUAAAGAUAAGAAAGCGAAUCGAUCUCGUUAUGAUAAUCAUCGAGAGAUAAUGUAUAAACGUUAUUUCACUAGUUAAAUUUUUAUCUAAUUUAUCGAUGUAAAAUCAAAGCCGUUCGAUCAAAAAUAAUGAACAUAUAUUUUUCGGAUUCUACUCGAAUAUCUGAUAGCUUUUCUGAGUGGAUCAAAGAUGUAUUCGUACAAGUGGGUCAAAGAACACGAAACGUUUACUUCACGGGAGUGAUCUGAUUAACCACGCGAUUGCUUUGACUUCUUUACCUAUAUUCGGUAGCACUAUAUGCGAGGCCAGAAGGCUGAAACCGAAAGAAGGCACCGUAGGAGGUGCCUGGUACGCUGCUCGUAAUCAACCACCACCACCUAGACAAGCCUCUCGCACGCAGGGCCGUUUCCUCUUUUAAUAUAUUUCCUAAAAUAAUUUCAAACCACUUAACAAUAUCCUCCCUUACUCCUCGUUUUAUCUUUCCUUUUCAUUUAUCCUUUUCAUAUAUCUUGAAAUUAUAAUAAACAAAGUAAUUCUUCCAUUAAUAAUCGUAACAGCAUUUAUUGGAGGAAUUUAAAUUAGAUGAAAAAAAAAAAAAAAAAAUAACAAUGUAAAAAUUAACGUUGCGAUUCUAUCAAAACAAAAAAGGAAAUACGCUUUUACUUAUCUCAAUUGGACGUCCCUGAGCUUUAAAACGUCCCUGAGUCACGCGCCUGCGGAAUUCCGAAUUGCAACCACUGACAUAUACCUUGUGUAUUCCUCGAUGAAGAAAGUUUAGUCCUGACCUGGUUGCCGACCAGGUCGGACUUUAUUAAUGUCUUCGUUUCUUUUUCUCGUGAAAGUGGAAUGACAAAUAGAAAUAUUUUUAUUUUUCGAUUUUUAGUAGGAUUUCUAUAAUAAUGCCAUUUGUGUUCGAAAAUAUGUUGACAUUUUUUUUAAUACGUUCAACAGGUGUUCCAGACAGUAGUAACGACGAUCUUGUUGAGGUGGUUCUUCGUAGGGAUGAAGCGAAACUCUUGAAAAUCAACUAAACGCAACCGAGCAGAAAUACUUCGCCGGUUAACAGGUGCGCUACAUGAAUGCCAUCAACGAUGCACCGCCGAGUUUCUGGAAAUUCGGUGAGGAAAAAGGGGAAAAUAAAAAUACAGAAAACAUCGAUAAUUCUGUUGUAAAAUGUGACGACCAGCUAGAGAUUCAUCACGACGAUAAAAAAAAUGAGGAAAAGCUUACGGAAGAUUCUCCUUGCGAGGUUUUGGACUCUGAUCUAUCAACAGAAUUAUCACCGACACUGCAAGAAAGAUUUUUAUGUGUCAAACAAAAAGUGAAAGAUGCAAUAAAUGCUCAUCAUACGUUUAUGAUAUAUGGAAGAGCAAGAGUGAUUCGUGAAACUUUGCUUAAGAAAGGAUGGUGCGAAAAAUUCUUUAGAAGAAAUUCUAAUGUCGAACAGUAUCUACAUGUUGAGUCUAAUCCAAUAGUAUUAUUAAGGGGUAUUGGUGACUUGAAAGAUCAACAAAGUGAACGACAAUUAAUUUCAAGAAUGCUGAGUAAUCAUACCGUCGAUUUUCUAUGGAACACAGGAUCGGAAUGGCCUGGUUGGCCUUCGCAAGAAAAUAAAACGACGGUAUUCAAUAGGUUCUAUCGCGCUGGUUUUACUUCUAAGAUUGGUCUAUGUUCAAACGUCAGACAGAUGCAUUGGUAUUACGAAGCUGGAGUAGCUAACACUCUAUUUCCACGUUGCUAUAAUAUAUGUCAGGGUGAUCAGAUGCACGCAUUUAUCGAAGACUUUCGAUUCACCACUUGCCUGAGUCUCUUGAAGUGGCUGGUAGACAAAAUCGAUACCGAAGGUGAGAACGCAACGCGAUCACCAACAGGUACGAUACCUUUGAAAGCUCUUGACUUUGCUAUCAAAAGAUGCAGCGAUUAUAUCAGUGCACAAUCGCACGAGGACAUCGAUCGAGAAACUGAAAAGGUUUGGUCUCAUCAAUGGGACCAGUUUAUUGGAUGGUAUUACAAAAUUGUUUCAGACGAUGCUGUAUUCAUUCGCAACAAUGUACCUUUUCAUAAAUACUUCCUGGCAGCACGACACUUGUUAAAAAGGAUUAAAAAGUAUUGGCCACAGAUCGAUAUGGAUGGUAUUAUGAACGUUUGGAUAUUAAAACCAGGAAAUAAAAGUCGUGGUCGUGGGAUUGUAUUAAUGAACAAACUCGAUCAUGUUAUUGCAAAAGUUAAUCCCUCGAACAAAGCGGAUGCUCGUUAUGUCGUUCAAAAAUAUAUUGAACGACCACUUCUCAUCUAUAACACAAAAUUCGAUAUAAGACAGUGGUUCAUCGUGACGUGUGCACAACCCUUAACUGUAUGGAUGUUUAAGGAAAGCUAUCUACGAUUUUGUUCGCAAAAAUUCUCCCUUACGGAUUUUCACGAAUCGAUUCAUCUCUGCAAUCAUGCGGUUCAAUGCAAGUAUAAAAAUUGCAUUGAUAGAGAUCCAGCACUUCCAACUGAUAAUAUGUGGGAUGCUACGACUUUCAAAGAAUAUCUCAGAUCUCAAGGUCACGGGGAAGCUUGGGACGAGCAAAUUUACCCUGGCAUGAAGCAAGGACUAGUGGGAUCCCUUUUGGCUAGCCAAGAAGCGAUGGAUCGUCGAAAAAAUAGUUUUGAAUUAUACGGAGCUGACUUUAUGGUUAUGGACGAUUUUUCGGUAUGGCUUAUAGAGAUUAACAGUCAUCCUGAUAUGAGCUAUUCUAGUAGCGUGACUACACGUUUAUGUAGGCAAGUCAUGGAGGAUACUAUCAAAGUGGUAGUAGAUUACCGAGAAAAUAAGAACGCUGAUACAGGAUUAUUCGAGUUAGCAUACAAACAACGCAUGCCAAGUUGUCAGCCCUAUUUAGGAGCUGCAUUAUCUCUUCAAGGUACUCGUAUUAUUACAAGUGAAAAAAAAUCUAAUUGGAAUCUGCAUGAAUCGAAGACGAGUCUUACGUCAAAAACCCCUGUGGUGCCUUUGGCUAAGAAAAAAUCUCUGGUACAUAGUCAGAUAGGACCUGUGAUAGUUGAUCUUAUCGAAGAAUUAGAAAUUCAAUUGGAUCAAGAAUUUUAUUCUUAUUAUAAAACGGAAUCGCCUAAUCACAGACAAGCAUUACCAGCAACUGCACCAGUAUUCCCAAGAACUUUAAAAUCAUCUGUGCCAUUUGAGAAACCUGACAGAAUGACAAAAAGCACGUCUGCUGGAACAGUUCGUACUCGUGCAACUACAAAACAUUCUCAUUUGGAUCAGUCAAAGGUAACGUAUAAGGAAAAAUCUUCAAAUCCAAAAAUUAUAAGAAAAGUACGUGCCACUCCUAUUACGACGAACAUUAAACACGAAGUGUCUUCUACGAGGCAAACAUUACUAUCAAAGAUUAUGGCUUUGCAACAACAAUCGUCUUACGUUGUACCGAAAGUAAACAAAUCAUUUAAGAAGAACGAGGAAAAGAUCAUUCACACAGCUGUAAGAGAUGCUAUGAAGAAAUAUAAGAGAACUGGAAAUAUUACAUCUAAUAUACCAACCAUACCGCCUUUACCAUCUUUACUUACACCACGUAACAAGGUCGCUCAUACGUCCACGACAAAAAAUAAAAGUCGAGCAUAUUCGAAAAAGACGAAUGAAAAAAGAAACAAAGUUCUGACGGAUGUCCCGAAUAUGUAUGCUUUUGGUCUUAGCUUAACAAAAUAGAUAAAUAAAUAAAUAAAUAAAUAAAUAAAUAAAUAAGUAAAUAAAUAAUUGAAUAAUUAAAUAAAUAAAGAAAAAACAAUUAUUUGCCGUUACAUAUAUUAAAUAUUAUAUAUCUUCAUUGUUAAUCUAAUUUUAAAUUUUAUCUUUAAUCGAUUUACAAUGAUAACGUUGACUCUGAUUGUAUAUUAUUAUGUUUUUAAAAUCUAAUUAUAUUGAUCAAUUUUCGAAAGAAAUCAAGAAAAAUUGAUAGUACAUAUAUAAUAAAAUUUAUUUAUCUAAUUGAAAAAUAGAAAAGAACUAUACCGCAUUUCAUCUGAUCGAAAGAUUUUAUAUUCUAUCGUAAAUAAUUUUUAAACGCGAUUGAUUUUAAAUCAAUAAUAUUGCAAGAUUUAUUUAUUAAAGAAAUUUAUUUAUCGUUUUCGUAAUCUACAUGUAUCAUGAAUGUUCCAGUGUUCCUGUAAAUGUCAUUUUUAAAUAUUCAUAACUUCAUGUAUUGCGUAAUAAUUAAUAUUGAAUUACUUUUAUCGAAAAUGAAAAAUUCUUAAUCCUUAUUCGUUUCCCUCAAACGUUGUCAAAGUAAAGAGUACAUAUAUUUAGAAAAAUAAAAAAACAUACAAUCAUUUCCGGUAAGUAUAUAAAUGUUAUAUUUUAUUUUAUUUAUUAUUCUUUAUGCUUUUAUCGUAAAACAAAUGAUCUACCAUCAAAGAAUUAUAUUAAAUACUACUUACUGUAAUUCACACGUAAUCAAUUGUUAUUUAUGCGUGAGAGGGGAAUUACUAACACAAGCAUACCGAUACGAUAAACGCAUGGUGGGGAUAGCGUUCCCCUUUUGCAUUCAUAGUUCAUAUUUUGUCCAUACUCGUCGCUGAAGUCAUACACGCUUUGAACAAAAGAUAGUGAACAGCCUAAACAUUAUUUCCGUUCGUUCUGUUAACACAACCAAACGAUGUUACAUUUAUAAAUUCAUAUUCACGUUUGCAAUAUGUUCUAUUGGGUUCAAUGUUAAUGAUAAAAGUUUUCUUUUGAUAAUAUUCUUUCAUAAAAUGGCACAAUCCGAUUUAAUUGUAAAUCAUCAAAGUUUUCUAAAUAAAAAUAUUGAAACGAUAAGAAUGAUCGAAAAUGAUAUGGAUAAAUUAAUCUUUCCUAAUGAAAGGAAAGAUAAUUUUCAAUGUACUUAUUUUCGACGUCGUACAUCCAAAACAU